CCUCCCGCGCCCCCGCCCCCUGCCCGCUCGCCGGCCCGGCCGGACCGCACUCCGCGGCGCAGCAUGGGGAGCGGCGCGCUCUGCCUUGCCCUGCUGCUCGUUUGCCCCGGCCUCGCCGACACAGGAUCGGGAUACUCACCCCUAGAAGAUGAUGAAGAUGUGUAUGCACACAAUAGAUAUAAAGAAACACCAUGGUGCUCUCCCAUUAAGGUGAAAUAUGGGUAUGCAAACUGCAGAACACCUCAAGGAGGAUAUUACAAGAAUGUUUUGGGAACAAGAUGCGACAUUCGUUGUCAGAAAGGCUACGAACUUCAUGGUCCUUCACAGCUUAUUUGUCAGUCAAAUAAACGCUGGUCCGGGAAAGUUUUUUGUAAACAAAAACGAUGUCCAACACUGUCUAUGCCAGCUAAUGGAGGGUUCAAGUGCUUAGAUGGGGCAUAUUUUGGCUCCAGGUGUGAGUAUUACUGCUCACCAGGAUAUCAGUUGAAAGGAGAUCGAAUAGUGACCUGUAUGGACAACAAAGUUUGGAGUGGCAGACCAGCUUCCUGUGUAGAUACAGAACCUCCUAGAAUCCAGUGUCCGAGUGUGAAAGAGAAAAUAGCAGAGCCCAAUAAGCUGACAGCCCGAGUGUUCUGGGACACGCCAGAGGGAAGGGACACAGCUGAUGGUAUUUUAACAGAUGUUAUUCUGAAAGGCUUCUCAUCAGGGUCACAUUUUCCAGAAGGUGACCACAAAAUCCAUUACACUGUGUAUGACAGAGCUGAGAAUAAAGGCACUUGCAAAUUUCUGGUUAAAGUCAGAGUCAGGCGCUGUGUUAAACUGAACGCCCCAGAAAAUGGCUACUUAAAAUGUUCAGGUGAUGGAAAUAACUAUGGUGCUACCUGUGAGUUUUUCUGCGUUGGUGGCUAUGACUUGCAAGGAAGCCCUGCUAGAGUAUGCCAGUACAACUUAGGCUGGUCAGGAGUGGAGCCAACCUGUACACCUAUGAAUAUUAAUGUUGCGGUGAGAAGUGCAGCUGCCCUCCUGGAUCAGUUUUAUGAGAAACGGAGACUGCUAAUUAUAUCAACUCCUACUGCAGCCAACUACUUCUACAGGAUACAACUAGGAAUGCUGCAGCCAGCACAGUGUGGGUUAGACCUUCGACAUGUUACAGUGAUUGAACUAGUUGGUGUCGUUCCAGCACUUAUAGGAAGAAUAGGAGUAAAGAUACUGCCUCCACCACUUGCUUUGCAACUCAGGUUGUUGCUGAGAAUCUCCCAAAAUAAUUUCAGCUUACUGGUGAUGGACAAGCAUGGCAUGGACAAAGAGCGUUACCCUUUCCCGGCUACACCUGCUGAGCUCUUUACUCUUAUUGACACUUUCCCUUUGAGAAAAGAAGAGAUGAAGCUGCAAGCAGAAGUUGGUCAGUCAUGUCCCUAAUUGAAAAUCACAGGGUUUCAUCUCUGAGUGAAUUUUUCUACUUACUUAUGUUUCCCCUGGUGCUACAUAAAGCAUGACUUCUCUUUUUAAUCACUGAUGUACAGAUUUUUUUGUGUUUUUUUAAUUCUAUUUUAUUGGGUAGCUUCUCUGCAUAUGAUAUAUGCAUGAUGCUUUUUGUACUUUCAGCCAUCCUUAGAGGAAUUUGUACUGCUACUCCCCCAGGAAAUCUGUGUACAGAUAUUGUGUUGGGUCUCCAAGAAUUAUUUUGAACUUCCCAUUCCAUGUAAAAUUUGAUGUUACUUUCUUACUGUUUAUAAAUCUUUUAAUAAUAAAAUAUUGUUUUGCAUAUCCA